ACUUGUGUGUUUAGUACGGAUAAAUGAAUCCAAAAAGAUUGAGUGGUAUAUGUGUACUACUGCCAGUACUAGACCACCUUUUUGGAAAUUACCCUUGAUUCAAAGCUCCAGUUUAAGCAAGCACAAGGAACCGGAAAACUCAACUAUGAUAGACUUGACCUUCUACUGGGGCAACAAUGUCACACUACUUGUCGAAUUAUGGAAAACUGAUUUGUGGUUCACUUACUUUCUUACUUUAGGGUCAUUAAUUUUCAGGGUAAACUCUACGAUGUCUUUUAAUGGUGGUGUGUUUGUGGCAACCGUAGCUGGAAUGGCUGUUGGAUACUGGUUGUUUAGGAGUGCGAAUGAUGAACAAAUUAUGCUAGCUUGUUGAUGAUUCUUGUGCUUGUUGUUGAUCUUUCUCUGUAUCUAUGUUUGAUGUGA